AUGAAACCCAAGCCAACAGGCCGCGCCCGACGUGCAUAUAGCGUCAUCGACGAAAUGGGCUUGAGUCAACGGAAGGAAGAAUACAACCAGAUCAUGCUUGGGAUCAGGACGGCUAGCAGACGAUUGCUGGACAUAACUCAAACAUACGGAAAACAAGACCGUCACAACAUCGAGAAGAUGAAGCUCGAGCUGAGGCAUCAAUUUCCGAUUCUCAAGAAUUUUGAAGAUACGUGGCCCGUGGACGAUUUGGCCAAGCAAGCGCUGGAGAACGACAGGGCUCAACAGCGCAAGGUUACAUCCACGCGAAAGCAGCCGGAGGUGUAUGAGGAUGAACAUAGCGCGUCCAGCUCUGAUGCGCUGAGGCCGCAACGCAAGAAACAACGAGCCGUAGGAGUUUCCCAUGCGAAUCGCCGUGCUAACUGGAAGUCACGAUUCCCUUGCCGUCAGGUUCGCACAACCACAAGGGAUCAAGCCCGCGCAGAUAGCAGCAAUGUGGACGCCACGAUCUCGGCUCCGGAUCCGGAUACAGGGAACGGGCCAGUCGUUUUCGAUGCUGCCCCGCAGGUCCUGAGCGUCGAGGACGAAUCCCCGAGAUCAGGCUCUGCUGUUUCACGUCAAGCCAGCCCGUUUCCCGAUUCCGACACUCCCGAGAAAUACUAUGUUCCCGUCUUACCAUCGGAUCCAGGCCCAAAUGCCUCCUCUGAUUUCUGGUCGCGAGUUACCUUUGAGGUCAAAGAGAACCGGCCCUAUACGGAUAGCCUGAAGUUAUCCCGAAUGCUCCUCCUAUCGGGCGUAGACGCCGGCUUCUAUUCCUCGCCGUUGGUCGCGAAGUGGGUCGCGGAUUGGAUCGAGUCAUUGUGCAAGCAUUCCAGAAUACUUCAAGCAUGGGAUGUGACGUUUUUGCUGCAUAUCACCACACACUGCAUCGAUAUCAUCCGCCCACAUGCUGAUGCUGUGUUUGAUGUUAUUGAGAAGACGGCUUCAGCAGACCAGCUACAAUUGCAGCAAUAUGAAUAUAAGGAAAAUGAAUACUCUGACAGCUGUGUCGGCAACCUCGAGAACUGCAUUUACUACGUCGACAGGCUAUUUGAUCUAGUCACGAAAUUUGCUGCACAAUUUCCUGACACGCAUCAAGAGGCAAAAAGAAAGCUUGUCAUAGCACUUAUGACGGCACAUGCGAACGUGAUAUCCUUGAUUCCAUCGAACUACGAAUGCAAGGGUCAAGAUGAUCUAUCACAUCGGCACUGCGAGGCUGUCACCGAAACGCUGCUCAGUAAUCUGGACCUCACCAAGUGGACACAUUUACUCCGGGAAGUGAUAAUACGGCCUGGGGAUGGCCGAACUUCACUCGUAGAUCACUGGGCACCGCGUGUUCUGGAGCACGCCCUCUCCUUUUUCUCCAAGGAUAUGAUUAUAGAAGAAGUUCACAACACACUGGAAUACAUGGAGCGAAUGCAUGCUACCGGGGCCAAGUACAUCGCCUGGAAUAGCAAGAUGAUUUCUUCUGACUGCCUGGAGGAUAUCGCGUCAAUCAUAUGUUUGAAAUACGAGAAAGGUGGCUCUGACUGCGGGGACCUUUGGAGUCUAGCACUUAUAUGCCGAAGAACGGACGAGGCCCAUGGCGACACGAAACACGGGAUGAAGUGUCUAUCAAGCAUCCGUAGUUCAUCUCCGAGUCAAUCACCCACUAAGGACUAUCAGGCCGCCUUCUCUGAAGUCGACGUCGAUGAACUCCAUGAAAUUGUCGACUAUCUGGAAGAUGAUGUUCGUGAAUUGCCCGAGUUUGUGAUACACGGCGUGGUAAAACACUGUCUGGAUAAGGAUGCCCUAGAGUAUUUACACAAGGAUGAUCUUCUCGAACUUUUUGCGUUAUUCCUGGCACACACAAGCGUCGAUCUUUCCUAUGCUUACGCCGAUAUUCUGAACAUAGUAGACCAUCACGUCGGGUGGUUGAAACUACGAGCAUUAGUUAUUGCUCAGAUGCUUCAGCGGGAAAACUUAGAAGAUGCAGACUACGGAAAGGCAAUUUUCAAACUAGGGGAGAUAUCAAAGCGGGAUCAAUAUGCAGUUGAAAUCGCCGUGCCGGCCCUCAUACGUAUUUGUGAGAGCAGCGACGCGCGAGCCCGUCAGCACAUCCCGUACAUGUUGCAUCUCUUCGCGGAGGUCCUCCGACAGUCCCAGAAUCAGUCGGGGACCACACGCGGAAGAGAUGUCGACUACGAAGGCACGAUCAGUGCUCUCCGAAGCUUCAUACAGGGCCCUGCAACUCAUAUAUUCGGCCUUGAGAUGCUUAACGCCUAUGGUCUCUUCUCGUACCCAGCUAUUACGGCCCACGGAAACACGGUUGUGCACCAGGAUUUGUUCACCGCAGCCUCUGUUUGGGGGGUCUGA